AGUCGGAAAGAGUUGAGAGUCACUACACGUGUGCUGCGGUGCAACACACAUUUCUUCUAGAUAAAACUGAUUAGUUUGUUUACUAUAUACAUUUAAGCUAAACAUGACGAAGGUAAAGAAAGAGAAAAGCUUCACUGAAGAGGAGACAGGCGGAACAGAGAAAUCUUAUCAAGAAUUGCUAGCUAAUAUAAAUCCCAUCGCAAACCCUCUGGCAUCGCGAAAACUAAGCAAGAAGCUCUACAAAUGCGUCAAAAAAGCUGCCAAAGUAAAAAAUAUCCGAAGAGGAGUGAAAGAAGUGCAGAAGUUUAUCAACAAAGGAGAGACUGGGAUUGUGGUGUUUGCCGGUGACACUCUUCCUAUUGAAGUAUAUUGCCACUUACCAGUCAUGUGUGAAGACAGAAGUCUACCCUAUGCUUAUGUUCCAUCUAAAGUUGAUUUGGGUUCAUCUGCAGGCUCAAAGCGACCCACCUGUGUCAUCAUGAUCAAACCCCAUGAUGACUAUAAAGAAUCUUAUGAUGAAUGUCUGGAGGAAGUCACAUCUCUACCCAAACCAAUCUGAGGACACUUGUUUAUAAUUUUAAGAGAAUAAUUGUACCGAUCACAUCAGUUUAGGAUCAUUGUGGGGGGAUUCUGCAUUAUUUUUAUCUAAAUCAUAUCAUAUUGACCCCAAACUCUCUAGACUGUCCUGCUUGAAGAUGUUUUCCGUUCUAGAAAACUGAACAAAUCUACGAUUUACGAUUGCUGUGAUGUUCAGUAAAUGGAGCUUUAGUUCAACAUGCCUGUUAUAGGGCAGCGGAUGAAACCUUUGUUUAGUCUGUUGGUAUUUUGCCCCAUGAUCUGUAAUGUUUAAUUGUUCAUCAGUUUUAUUAGUAAUUUUUUUUUUACAGUUUCAAAUGCUUGGUUUGCUAAAAUUGACUUCACAGACCUCCUAAGAGACGUCAAAAUAAAUCAUUUCUUUUUU